AUGACUGUGAUUCUGGCUGAUAAGCAGUUUAUCGAGUACUAUAGCAUUGAUGCCAAUAGAUCGGGCUUGGUCGCGACUAUACCUUGGGCUAUGACUGGGCUGGCUCAGCUUUGGCUGGGUGGAUUCCUUGCUGGAUGGCUGGGACGUCUGUGGGCAUUGCGGAUUUCUAUUUGCAUUAUGAUUAUUGGAGUAGUGGUGCAGGUCGUCCCCAACAACUUCGGCGUCCUGAUUCUAGGUCGACUUUUGACUGGCCUUGGCUUCGGCUGCGUCUACAUCGCCACAAACCUCUACGUCGCCGAAUGUGCCCCAACAAAACUACGAGGCAGUUUCGUCGGCACAGUCUCCCAAUUCGGCUACCAAUUGGGCACCCUAAUAGCAUUCUGGGCCGGCUAUGGAAUGUCCUUCCACAAAUCCCCAUACAAUAUCGCCUGGCGAGUCUCAAAUUUAAUUCAAAUCCCGAUCGGUCUAGCUUUUAUCUUCGUUUCUUUCUGGUAUCCGGAAAGUCCCUCGAUUCAUGCUUGA